AUGGACCCAGAAGCAACCUCGGUUUAUUUGGACUAUUACUAUGCUACAAACCCAAUUCCUGAUGUCAAGAAGACCCACUCCCAUGUUCCUUACACAUCUGUCUGCCUUCCCAUCUUCUACACAACUGUGUUCCUGACUGGAGUGCUGGGGAACCUUGUCCUCAUGGGUGCAUUGCAUUUCAAACAAGGCAGCCGAAGAUUGAUAGACAUCUUUAUCAGCAACCUGGCUGCCUCUGACUUCAUUUUCCUCAUCACAUUACCUCUCUGGGUGGAUAAAGAAGCAUCUUUAGGACUGUGGAGGACGGGCUCUGUCCUGUGCAAAGGCAGCUCCUACAUGAUCUCAGUCAACAUGCACUGCAGCGUCUUCUUGCUCACUUGCAUGAGUGUUGACCGCUACCUGGCCAUUGUGUGGCCAGCUGUGUCCAGGAAAUUCAGAAGGAGAGACUGUGCAUAUGGAGUCUGUGCCAGCAUCUGGUUUAUCUCCUGCCUGCUGGGAUUGCCUACUCUUCUGUCCAGGGAGCUCAUGUUGAUUGAUGACAAACCAUACUGUGCCGAGAAGAGGGCAACUUCCACUAAACUGACAUGGGGCCUGGCGAUCUUGAUUUUCACCUUUUUUGUUCCCUUGUUGAGCAUUGUGAUCUGCUACUGUUGCAUCGCAAGGAAGCUAUAUGCCCAUUACCAACAGUCAGGAAAGCAUAACAAAAAGCUGAGGAAAUCCAUAAAGAUCAUCUUCAUUGUUGUGGCAGCCUUUGUCUUCUCCUGGCUGCCUUUUAAUACUUUCAAGCUCCUGGCCAUUGUCUCUGGAUUGCAGCAAGAACUCUAUUUUUCCUCAGCCAUUCUUCAGCUGGGCAUGGAGGUGAGUGGGCCCUUGGCAUUUGCCAACAGCUGUGUCAAUCCUUUCAUUUACUAUGUCUUUGACAGCUACAUCCACCGGGCUGUUGUGCGCUGCUUGUGUCCUUGCCUGAAGAACCAUGACUUUGGGAGCAGCACUGAGACAUCAGAUAGUCACCUCACUAAGACUCUCUCCAACCUCAUUCAUGCAGAGAAUUUUUCCAGGAGGAGGAAGAGAUCUGUAUCACUCUAA